AUGAUGACACUCCUAGAUUGUUGUAGCGCAAGAAGCCUGGACUAUACCAGCAAGUGUGUAAAAUGUAUUCUCAACUCGCACAAAUCGCUCUCAGUGCCUUAUGAAAAGAUGGAUAAGAACGAUUAG